AUGGAAGUCUCAGUGAUAUCAACAGAGAACAUCAAGCCAGCAUGGUCAGCAGGGAGUGAGCAUGAAUUCAAACCAUAUAAACUAUCCCUACUUGACCAGCUCAUGUUCUCCACUCAUUCUCCUAUCAUUCUCUUCUACCCCAUGAAGGAUGGCAAUGACCAGAAAUCGAUAGCUAGACGCCUGAAAUCCUCCUUGUCAAAGACCUUGAAUCGCUACUAUCCUAUAGCUGGGAGAGUGAAAGACAACCUCAUCAUCCACGACUUCGAACGGGGCGUCCCCUUCACCGAAGCACGAGUGAAGGGACACCGUCUGUCCGAUCUCCUGUCCUCGCUGCAUGGAGGGCCCAGGUUGGAAUUCCUGAACAAUAUGCUUCCGUUCGAGCCAUUCUGUUACCACGAGGAUGCAACCGAAUUUGCACAGCUGGAUGUGCAACUCAACACAUUUGACUGUGGUGGGAUCGCAAUCGGGUUGAACAUGCACCACAAGCUCAUGGACGGGGCGACCGCCAGUGCAUUCUUCCACACUUGGGCUGCCAAUUGCAACGGCAGCAGUACUCCGUCUGCAUGGCUGGAAAGACAGCCGGAGCUGUGUAAAUCGUCAUCCGUUUUCCAUCCACGCGAAUCAAUCGCUCCGGAGUACCACUCGUUUAUGAAAGACAUGUACUUUCAGGAUGUUCAUCGCCGAAGACACAAGGGAGUGUCCAGGAGAUUCGUGUUUGAUAACGGAGCAAUAGCCACGCUGAGAACAAAGGCGAGGAGCAGCAGGGUUGUGGAUCCAACUCGCCUUGAAGCUCUGUCUGCUUUCAUAUGA